CCCUCGCGCCCCGUCCUUCACCGCGGCCAAGAUGGCGACGGCAACUCCUCUGAUCCAGCGGCUCCGCAACUUCCUGGCAGGGCGGGAUCUCCAGGCGAAGCUGCAGCUGCGCUACGAGGAGAUCGCUAAGAGGACCCAGCCGGCGCCGCGGCUUCCGGUGGGCCCUAGCCACAAACUCGCCGAUAACUAUUACUACAGCCGGGACGGGCGCCGGGAGUCCCUGCCGCCCGUGGUGGUGAUGGCGGCGGCGCAGAGAACCCUGCCCGCGGGUUCACAGGCCGGCAGUUCAGGCACUGCGGUGACAACAACAGGGAAGAAGCCAGUGACACCAGGAUCACCACUUAGGAAGUGGGAAAUUUCCAAGGAUGAGCCCUACUUAUGAGGAGGCAGUGAGCUGAGGCUGUGUGAUGGGCACAGGUGGUUCCAUAGCAGCUCUGAUGCAGAGCUGCUGUGCUGGAUGUGGCUCCAGACUGCUGGAGGCUGUGCUGUCUGAUUAAUAACUGUAUAUAAAGCUAUGAUUACUACUCCCCA